AUGAUUUCUGCUACCGGAUGGGUUCCAAGAGGAUUUGCUUCUGAAUUUGCUGAAAAAUAUGAGUUAAAUGAUGAAGAAUUGGCCAGAAUUGAAGAAAUGGCUAAAUUGAACUUAGGUUCAAAUACUACAAAAGAGACAGAAGAGAAUGAAAAUGAAGAAAUUGAAGAAACCUCCAAGCCUAAUGUUAACAAGUUAAGGGAUCAACUUUCUGUUGACGAUGAUUUGAAAGAAUUUGACAUGGAACAUUAUGACGAUGAUACAGAUGUAAAUGGACAGGGUGUUGAAUUAUCUAUGUUUCCAGGUCUAUCUAAAGAUGAGAUUCAAUUUUAUGAAGGGGCAGACGGUGAAGACCCAUAUAUCUCUUUACCUACACAAGAAGAAACAAAUGAAGAAAAGCAAGAAUUACAAGUGUACCCAACAGAUAACAUGGUUCUUGCUACAAGGACAGAAGAUGAGAUCUCCUAUUUGGAUGUUUAUGUUUAUGAUGAUGGUGCAGGUUUUCAUGAUAGUGACAUACCUGUAGAAAAGGGUGAUGAAGCAGAUCCAGAUGUGGCUCGUGGUCUUGUUCGUGAUAGUUCUUUAUAUGUCCAUCAUGAUUUAAUGUUACCUGCUUUUCCAUUGUGUAUUGAAUGGUUAAAUUAUAGACCAGCCUCCAAUUCGGAUGAUCCAGCUAACUUUGUAGCCAUUGGUACAUUUGACCCACAAAUUGAAAUUUGGAACCUUGACUGUAUUGAAAAAGCAUUCCCAGAUGUUAUUCUUGGUGAACCAAUGGAAAAUUCAAUGGCAUCAUUAUCCAAUAAGAAGAACAAAAAGAAGAAAAAUGUUCAUGUUACUACACAUCAUACAGAUGCAGUUUUAUCUUUGGCACACAAUAAACAGUUCCGUUCAGUGUUGGCAUCCACAUCGGCAGAUCAUACUAUUAAGUUAUGGGAUUUAAAUGCUGCCACAGCCGUACGUUCUUUACAAAAUAUUCAUAACAACAAAAAUGUAUCAUCUUCAGAAUGGCAUCACAGUAAUGGGUCCAUUUUAUUGACUGGUGGUUACGAUUCACGUAUUGCUUUAAGUGAUGUUAGAAUCGAAAACGAAAAUAAAAUGUCUAAAUAUUGGUCAGUUACUUCAGGAGAAGAAAUCGAAAGCGCUACAUUUGUUGGUGAUAAUAUAAUAUUGUGUGGUACAGAUUCCGGUAAUAUUUAUUCAUUUGAUAUUAGAAAUAACAGCGGAUCGAAACCUGUUUGGACAUUAAAUGCACACGAUUCAGGGAUUUCUAGUUUAUCUGUUAAUAAGUUUGUGCCUGGUUUAAUGAUCACAGGUGCAAUGGGUGAAAAAACAGUUAAAUUAUGGAAAUUCCCAACUGAUGCUACCAAAAGUACCAUGAAUGGUCCUACUAUGGUUCUCUCUCGUGAUUUCGAUGUGGGUAAUGUUUUAAGUACUUCCUUUGCUCCAGAUAUUGAAGUAGCUGGUACUAUGGUUAUUGGUGGUGCUAAUAAAGGUUUAAAGUUAUGGGAUGUUUUCACAAAUAGAACUGUUCGUAAAACUUUUGCUUUAGAAUUAAAGAAUUUACAACAAACAGCUAGGGAAGUGGCUUCCCAAGCUGGUAAAUCUUCUAGAAUAGCAAGAAAGUAUAUAAAGAAUGACAAUCCUGACACUGUCAUAACAGUAACUGAUCAAGGUGAAGAUGAAGAGGAAAGAGAUGGUAAAGAGGAAGAGAAUGACUGGAGUGAUGCCGAAUUUGAUGAAGAAGAUUAG